UGCUAAGAUCCUGGCCUCCACUAUCGCGAGAAUUGCCUCCCGGAAGUUCCACGUCAGUCAGUCGGCUGGUCAGCGGGUCGGUGAGUCUCUCAGGGACUGCGUCGCUUGUGGCAAGUGAGGGCUCACGGACUCGGACCAACGGAGCGAUGCCUCUGCGACUUGAUAUAAAGAGAAAGCUAACUGCUCGAUCUGAUCGAGUUAAGAGCGUGGAUUUGCAUCCUACAGAGCCAUGGAUGUUGGCAAGUCUUUACAAUGGCAGUGUGUGCGUUUGGAAUCAUGAAACACAGACAUUGGUGAAAACAUUUGAAGUGUGUGAUCUUCCUGUUCGGGCUGCAAAGUUUGUUGCAAGAAAGAAUUGGGUUGUGACAGGAGCGGAUGACAUGCAGAUAAGAGUGUUCAAUUAUAAUACUCUGGAGAGAGUUCAUAUGUUUGAAGCACACUCAGACUACAUUCGCUGUAUUGCUGUUCAUCCAACACAGCCUUUCAUUCUGACUAGCAGUGAUGACAUGCUUAUUAAGCUCUGGGACUGGGAUAAAAAAUGGUCCUGCUCACAAGUGUUUGAAGGACACACCCAUUAUGUUAUGCAGAUUGUGAUCAAUCCUAAAGAUAACAAUCAGUUUGCCAGUGCGUCUUUGGACAGGACCAUCAAGGUGUGGCAGUUGGGUUCUUCCUCACCAAACUUCACUCUGGAGGGACAUGAGAAAGGUGUGAAUUGCAUCGAUUACUACAGUGGUGGCGACAAACCAUACCUCAUUUCAGGUGCAGAUGACCGUCUUGUUAAAAUAUGGGACUAUCAGAAUAAGACAUGUGUACAGACACUGGAGGGACAUGCCCAAAAUGUGUCUUGUGCCAGUUUUCAUCCUGAGUUGCCAAUCAUCAUCACAGGGUCAGAAGAUGGAACUGUGCGUAUUUGGCAUUCAAGCACGUAUCGCCUUGAGAGCACGUUGAAUUAUGGAAUGGAGAGGGUGUGGUGUGUGGCCAGUCUGAGAGGGUCCAACAAUGUCGCUUUGGGCUAUGAUGAAGGGAGCAUUAUUGUUAAGCUUGGUCGGGAGGAACCUGCCAUGUCCAUGGAUGCCAAUGGAAAGAUAAUUUGGGCCAAGCAUUCAGAAGUACAGCAGGCCAACCUAAAAGCAAUGGGAGAUGCUGAAAUUAAAGAUGGAGAAAGACUGCCACUAGCCGUCAAGGAUAUGGGCAGUUGUGAAAUAUAUCCCCAGACUAUUCAACAUAAUCCUAAUGGGCGGUUUGUUGUGGUGUGUGGUGAUGGUGAAUAUAUCAUCUACACAGCAAUGGCAUUGAGAAACAAAAGCUUUGGGUCUGCCCAGGAGUUUGCAUGGGCCCAUGAUUCUUCAGAAUACGCAAUAAGAGAGAGCAACAGUGUUGUAAAGAUAUUUAAGAACUUUAAGGAAAAAAAAUCAUUUAAACCAGAUUUUGGAGCAGAAAGUAUCUAUGGAGGCUUCUUACUGGGAGUCAGAUCCGUAAAUGGCUUAGCUUUCUAUGACUGGGACAAUACCGAACUCAUACGCAGAAUUGAAAUUCAGCCCAAACACAUUUUCUGGUCUGACUCUGGAGAGCUUGUUUGUAUUGCCACUGAGGAGUCAUUUUUUAUCCUGAAGUAUCUGUCGGAAAAAGUCUUGGCUGCACAGGAAACACAUGAGGGAGUUACUGAAGAUGGCAUUGAAGAUGCCUUUGAGGUUCUUGGUGAGAUUCAGGAAAUUGUGAAAACAGGGCUGUGGGUAGGCGAUUGCUUCAUUUACACAAGUUCUGUGAACAGAUUAAAUUAUUAUGUUGGAGGAGAAAUAGUCACCAUUGCCCACUUGGAUAGGACAAUGUAUCUCCUGGGCUAUAUUCCUAAAGACAACAGGCUUUAUCUGGGAGAUAAAGAACUGAACAUUGUUAGCUAUUCUCUGCUGGUUUCAGUGCUGGAAUACCAGACAGCUGUUAUGAGAAGGGACUUUAGCAUGGCUGAUAAGGUUCUGCCUACCAUUCCAAAAGAACAGAGGACCAGAGUUGCACACUUUCUAGAAAAGCAGGGCUUCAAGCAGCAAGCUCUCACAGUAUCCACAGAUCCAGAGCAUCGCUUUGAACUUGCUCUUCAGCUCGGAGAACUGAACAUUGCAUACCAGUUAGCAGUAGAAGCAGAGUCAGAACAAAAGUGGAAACAACUUGCCGAACUUGCCAUCAGUAAAUGUCAGUUUGGCCUUGCCCAGGAGUGCCUGCACCACGCACAGGAUUACGGGGGUCUGCUGCUCUUGGCCACUGCCUCUGGAAAUGCUAGUAUGGUGAACAAACUAGCAGAGGGUGCAGAGAGAGAUGGCAAGAAUAACGUGGCAUUCAUGAGCUACUUUUUACAGGGCAAGCUUGAUGCUUGCCUGGAACUCUUGAUUAGAACUGGCCGACUGCCAGAAGCUGCCUUCCUGGCCCGGACUUACUUACCCAGUCAGGUUUCAAGGGUGGUGAAACUCUGGAGAGAAAAUCUCUCAAAAGUCAAUCAGAAAGCUGCAGAAUCCCUUGCCGAUCCAACAGAGUAUGAAAACCUUUUUCCUGGAUUAAAAGAAGCCUUUGUUGUGGAAGAAUGGGUGAAAGAAACACAUGCUGAUCUGUGGCCAGCCAAGCAAUACCCACUUGUCACGCCAAAUGAAGAAAGAAAUGUUAUGGAAGAGGCAAAAGGCUUUCAGCCCUCAAGAUCUGCAGCUCACCAGGAACUUGAUGGGAAACCACCUUCUCCUACUCCAGUUAUUGUGGCCUCUCACACAGCCAACAAAGAAGAAAAGAAUUUACUUGAACUGGAAGUAGACCUGGAUAAUUUGGAAUUAGAAGAUAUUGACACAACAGACAUCAACCUAGAUGAAGACAUUUUGGAUGAUUGAGUGUAAUGUUUCUUGAGAACCCAACUCAUAGAUCAUUAUUAUGGACAGACUGAUCAUGCCAACUAAGGACUACAAUAAGGGCAUUCCUGUGUUCAAAAGACUUUCAAAGUCCUGCUGAAUGAAGUCCAGAUUCUUGAGCCUAGCAUCUGAGGUCACCCAUGACACACCUCUAUUUACUUUUCCAGUUUAACCUUGAACACCUCCCAUACAUAAUACACUGCAUAUAUAAGCAAUAGUCAGAUGACUGACCAUUUGCAAGCACACUGUUUCCUGCUUGUUGUUCACACUGUUCCCUCUCGCUGCCUGGAACACCUCUUCUCAUCCAACUUCACGAUGUUCCCUGCCCUUCUAGAACCCUGUCCAAGAUCCCUAUGAAACCUUUCCUGAAAGGACUCUGUAAUCUUCUCUUAGCACCUAACAUCUUAAACCUAAGGUGAUAAUUAUCUGCAUACUUAUCUGGCACCCUUUCCCACAAUCACUUCUGGACUGCAAGCUUUGACACAGCAUACCGUACCAUAGUUUAUGUCGUCAAUAUACUAUCUGCAAUACUGUAUGAAGAAAGCACUACAUGAUUGCUUACUAAACUAAAUUGUAAGACACAUACAUUACAUCUUGGCAAAUUUUAGUAAAUGACUCUGUUCCUAUAUGAUAAAAGAGAAGCAGCUCUGUAAUCAAGUUUGGGUCCCUAACGCUACCACUUACUAGCUGCAACUUACAGCAAGCUAUAUAGAAUGCUCCAAUCUUAAAUUCUCCCAUCCUUAACUCAAGGGCUGCUGUGAGGAUAAAACAUCUGAUGAACAUCAGGUGCUUAAUAGAUGUUCAGGUAUUUCUCUUCUCUUCCCCUUAUAAAAAUCUUACUCAUAACCAUAUUUAAGUUCAUACUUAGAAACUAUAAAAUAUACUCACCUUAAUAUAUUCAGUGGAAUCUGGCUCAAACUGGGCAAUGCAGAGAUUGAGGACAUCAACAUGCCGGUCCUGGCUGAACAUGGUCUAAAACCACACAGCACAGAUGGAAUUAGAUGAGAAAAACAUCAAAGUUCAACACCUGUCCUGCUGUCGUGACAGAUGUGCUCAUCCACUUCUGUGCCCAAUAAGUGAAAUAACACAGAAAUAACACAGGCUUCAGAACUGUCACACCUAGAUUCAAACCCCAACUAAGCCAAUUGCAAGAUAUAGAGAACAGUAGACGAGUCAUCAUCAGAAACAGGUAUCUGUGUUUAUCAAAGCAGAAGCCCUGCAGCACCAGAGCCAACCUAACUCCACAAAGAAACCAUCACCACUGACUCCAGGAAACCAAAGUUGCCUUACCUUAAGAUUUUCUUCCUUGAAAAUUACUGGUGUUAAAACUCUACGGCCUUCUUUUGGGAAAUAAACUUGUAUCAUCCUGUCCCGUUCUUCCCAAGAGGCUUUGCGUAGCCUCCCACUUGGUUCUCUGACAACAAUAAAACGCUCCUGAAAUAGAAAACAAAA